GCAACAGCUGGCGGCACCCUGUUUGGGAAUCACUGGCCUGGGCUAUUAUGUUUACUAAACUAAGCGCCUCCCCCGUAACUACAUAUCCCGUCAUGCCCCUGUAGGUAAGGGGGCCUUCAGGGCUGUCCUUAGUGAUUGCCUGUUUUUUUUAGAUUAGAAAGGGGGCGGGGCUAAUAAGGACCCAAAUCCGGGAGUAACGCUCGGUUGGUGACUCCGUGCGGUAACACAUCAUGGCACCGACUAUACAGACGCAGGCCCAGCGGGAGGAGGGGCACCGGUCGAAUGCCCAUCGUACGGUUCCCGAGCGGUCCGGAGUGGUUUGUAGAGUGAAGUAUUGUAACAGUCUUCCAGAUAUUCCCUUUGAUCCAAAGUUUAUUACUUACCCCUUUGACCAGAACAGGUUUGUACAGUAUAAAGCCACUUCCUUGGAGAAGCAGCAUAAACACGACCUCCUGACGGAGCCAGACUUGGGGGUCACCAUCGACCUCAUCAACCCUGAUACUUACCGUAUAGACACAAAUGUUCUUUUGGAUAUUGCCGAUGAGAAACUCCUUGAGGAGGAAAUUCAGGCCCCCAGCAGCUCUAAGAGAUCUCAGCAGCAUGCUAAAGUCGUCCCCUGGAUGAGGAAGACCGAAUAUAUUUCCACAGAGUUUAACAGAUACGGUAUCUCCAAUGAGAAGCCUGAAGUCAAGAUCGGAGUGUCUGUCAAGCAGCAGUUCACAGAGGAGGACAUCUACAAGGACAGGGACAGCCAGAUCUCUGCUAUUGAGAAAACCUUUGAAGAUGCCCAAAAGGAUAUUAGUCAACAUUACAGCAAGCCACGCGUCACCCCUGUGGAGGUCAUGCCGGUCUUCCCUGAUUUCAAGAUGUGGAUCAAUCCCUGCGCUCAGGUCAUCUUUGACUCAGAUCCUGCUCCGAAGGAGACGCCCAGCACCGCAGCACUGGACAUGAUGUCACAAGCCAUGAUCAGGGGGAUGAUGGAUGAAGAAGGAAACCAGUUUGUGGCCUACUUUCUACCUGGAGAGGACACGAUGCGGAAGAGGAAGAGAGACCAGGACGAGGGAAUGGACUACAUGGCGGAUGAUAUAUAUGAUUACAAGAUCGCCAGAGAGUACAAUUGGAAUGUCAAGAACAAGGCCAGCAAGGGAUACGAGGAGAACUACUUCUUCAUCUUCCGUGAAAACGACGGAGUCUACUACAACGAGCUGGAGACCAGAGUGCGUCUCAGUAAGAGGAGGGUGAAGGCCGGAGUCCAGUCUGGAACAAAUGCUGUGCUGGUGGUGAAACACAGAGACAUGAAUGAGAAGGAGCUGGAGGCUCAGGAAGCCCGCAGAGCUCAGCUGGAGAACCACGAGCCCGAGGAGGAGGAAGAGGAGAUCGAGGUGGAUCAUGAGACUCAGGGAUCAGAUGCAGAAGACGGAGACAAGGGCAGCGAGAGUGAGAAGGAGGGGAGUGCCGGCGAGGCGUCAGGCAGCGAAAGUGAACGAGAAGACACACAGGAGGAGAAAGAAGAGGAAGAGGAUAAAGAGAGCAGUGAGGAGGACAGAGCUGCUCGAGACAAGGAGGAGAUCUUUGGUAGUGACGACGAUGAUGAUAGUAGUAGUGGGGGUGAUGAUGAUGAUGACGAUGAUGACAGGCCCAAUAAGAGCGGUGGUGAGGACAGCGGCAGCGAGGAGGAGGAGGAAGAGGAGAAACCCAGAAGGAGCCGGAGCCGCAGCGCCAGCAGUAGUCCUUUCGGGAGUGACCGUUCCCAGCAGGAUUAUGAAGAGCAGAGCGGCAGUGAGCAGGGCUCCGCAGCUAGUGAUGGUAGCGACAGUGACUGAGCCCCCACGAGUCCAGUAUCUACCAUGUUGUACAUAUUUGUUUGUAUUAUACUUUUAGUUGAAUAAACCUUUUCCAUGAGUU